AUGGUGUCCUUGCAGGUGCCUUGUUCCAGCGGCUCGUUGCUCUACGUGUGGUGCACCCUGAUCACCAUGGAAACGGACUCUCACAUGCAGCAGAGAGUGGUUGUAUUUAGUCCUCUGUUCAUGAUGCGUAGCCACCUUCCAGACCCUGUCAUCAUCCACACAGAGAAGAGAAGUCUGGGGCUGAGAGAGAGUCAGCUGAUCCAGGGACAGGGUCACCAGGAACAACUACUGAACACGGAGAAUGACCUGACACACCACCUCACCUUCCAGGCCAGUGAGGACGAGGAUGCGUCUCACUGUGCGGUGCCCAUCUCCACCAGUGUGAUCAAACAGAUAGUGAACAGGAGCCAGGCUGGGUUGGAGGACAGCCAGGACCACAUACUGGCAGACUUCUACGGUCUGAAGAACAACAGCCAGCCUCCAUGGCCCUACGUCAGCAAGGACACAGACAGGCCUGGAUCAGAAGUCCUAGCCCAGUGGGACAGCCCCAUGCAGGUGAAGUUGUCAGCCUGGAUGUCUGGUCUCAACACUCUUCUAGUAGAGCUCAUCCCCUGGGCCCUGUUGACCAACCACUCUACAUGGGACCUCUGGCUGUUUGAAGGAGAGACCAUCGUCCUGCAGAUACCCGCUGGAAAGACCCUCGUUCCUCCUAACUUCAAGGAGGCGUUUCAGCUGGGUAUCUACUGGUCCGACACUAACACGGUCCAUAAGUCUACAGCCCUGAAGCUGGUCCAUGACCUGACGUCUCCGCGCUGGAAAGAGGGUGUCAGUCCUGAGGUCCUCACCCUGGACGAGGAGGGCUAUGUGGAGGCAGAGAUCCCCCUGGGGAGGAACCCUGGGAGACAGAAGGUUUGUCAGUUCUGCGUGUCGUCUGUGGUGAGGCACGGCAUCCAGAUUAUCCAGAUAGAAGACAGGACCAUCCUGGUUAACAACACCCCCUACUUCCUGUCAUAUAGAGCCCUACUGUCUGACCAGGCCCUGGGGACCACAGACCAGGUAACACCCCCUACUUCCUGUCAUAUAGAGCCCUACUGUCUGACCAGGCCCUGGGGACCACAGACCAGGUAACACCCCCUACUUCCU